AUGAAAUUACUAUUGUUAAUUUCAUUAGUAACAAUUUGUUUACUUUCAUCAUGUAUCAUUGAUGCAAAGAUGAUCAGACAUCAACGUCGUGUCAAUGGAGACGCGAAAGGACAGAGUGAUGGAAAAUCACGUGACCACACUCAAUACAAGAAUAAGUUGGAGCGUCUCAUGCAAGCUAGAUCCACUCCACUCAAACACCAAUUCGAUAACCCAGAAUCAUACGAAGUUCUUCCAGGAACCAUGCCAGGUUUGUCAGUAGAUAUCGAUAUCACUCACUAUGCUGGUUACAUCACAAUCAAUCAAACCACAAAUGCCAACCUUUUCUUCUGGUUCAUCCAAGCCAACGCUACCAACCCAUUGGAAUUGCCAUUUUUAGUUUGGAUCAAUGGUGGUCCAGGUUGUUCAUCAAUGGAUGGUCUUUUCAUUGAGAAUGGUCCAUUCCGUUUGGCUAAUGUAAGUGGUGAAUAUGUUGUAAAUAUUAAUCCAUCUUCAUGGCACAACGUUGCCAAUGUCUUGUACAUUGACGAGCCAGUUGGAACUGGUUUAUCCUAUGUCUUGGAUCCAUCUGGAUAUGUCCGUGACGAUUCAGAUUUAGAGUUGGAUUUCUACAUUUUCCUCCAGGAAUUCUUUGGAAUUUUCAGCAACUAUUCCACAUUGCCAUUGUUCAUGUCUGGUGAAUCAUUUGCCGGUCAUUAUCUCCCAAUCUACAGUAGCUACAUCCUGGAAGUCAAUGCCGCUAUUGCCAACAAAUCAGUUCAAACUGACGAUAUCAUUUUGAAUCUCCAAGGUCUUUUAAUUGGUAACGGAUGGACUCACCCAAUUACCCAAUACGACUCAUACGCCAAGAUGGGAUAUGCUUCCGGUAUCAUCUCUCUCGACCAAUACAAUGCUUACCAACCAUUGGUUGCCGCAUGUCAAGCUCAAAUCAAGAAUGGUGUUUAUGACUCUGACGAAUGUGACAAUGUUCUUGGAACACUCUCUGACGAUUCUGGUUCAAACACAACCACCCAAGUCAAUGUCUAUGACUACCGUCUCUAUGAUUCCAGUGGUGGUGUUAAUUGGCCAGUUGGAAUCAACGACGAACAAGCCUAUCUCAGUCUCCAAACUGUUCGUAAUGCAUGCCAUGUUUAUGAUGCACCAGUCGAAUGGGCUGAAUGUAAUGGUACCGCCUCCCAAUUCUUAGUCAAUACUGAUGAGAGUACACUUCACUUGUUCCCAUAUAUGCUUUCCAAUUUGAGAGUACUCGUUUACAACGGUCAGUUUGAUAUCAUCUGUAACCAUGUUGGUACUCAAGAGUAUUUGAAUGCCAUGGAAUGGAAUGGUACUGAAGAGUGGAAUGCCGCUCAACGUUAUACCUGGACUAUUGAAGAUUCCAACGGAAACUUGGAGACUGCAGGAUAUGUAAAAGGACCAGUACAAAAUCUUACAUUCCUUUUGGUAUUAGGUGGCAGUCACAUGGUGCCAAUGGACGUCCCACAGUACGCUUUGGGUAUGGUUGCUACAUUCCUCAAGAACCAAUCCUAUGAAUACACUGAGCAGACCAUCGGUGCCCCAACACCAACUCCAUCCAAAGUCAUCACAUCACCUUUGACUCAAACCGCCUGGAUCUUGAUUAUCUUUGCUGCUUUCGCUGUUGGUAUUAUCAUUGGUUUGUCUGUUGUCAUUUUCUAUUUCAGAUCAAAGUUCGCAUACACCAGAAUUAACUAA